AUGCGGCAUCAGAGCGAGAGAGAUGUGGCCGGUCAAAUCCCGCUGAAUUUCGUCACCACAUCUGCCGUAUCCCUCCGCGCAGCGUGUUUCGGCAAUAACGUCUUCGACCGGGACGCGGCGGGCAAAUGCAUUUCGAACCUGCUUGAACUAGGGUAUCGCCGAUUGGUUGUCGACCUAUACUGGUCUGUGGAAGGGCGCUCUUGGAACCUUUGUCCGGUCUCUAUUCCCGAUGAUACGCCGGUGGUGACCCUUUCAUCGACAUCAACGCCGACCGCAACGCCGACGACCAACUCCUCGUCGACAACGACCGUGGACGCUGCGCAUGGAACCGCGACGGUAGUUUCGGACUCUUCGGGCUCGCAAUUAUAUGAACUCGGCCCAUACAAAUGCUCCGACAACCUCUACUUGUCGGAUAUGAUCGACGUGUUCUUGGAUUUUUUCAAGUCCACGACGUCUCAGUUGAACGUAUAUACCCGGUUUAUUUCAUUCAAUCUGCAUGCGGCCGCCAGUGCCGAAGCGCCUACUCGACCCGCGGCAAAGGUGUCUGGAACUAAUCUUCCAACAACAUUGGAGCGCAUUGGCCACCUGAUAGAUCGUCGCCUCUACUCAUAUAUAUACACGCCCGAGCAGCUGGCGGAUGAACGCAGCAACCUCAAUGACUCGUGGUAUAAAGUUGACGACGGAUACAAACCUAUCACGGAGUACUUCACCAUCGAAGAAGAUGAGGACGGCACACAGAGCACUCCUGACGGCUGGCCGUGUACGAAAUAUAUCCAACUAGCCGAGGAAGAACGGCUACUACUUGAAUAUGGCUCGGUUGACCCUCAGAUGGAAGAGUAUAGCUUAGAUGAUGAUCAGGACAUCAUCUUCCCGACAGGUUACCUUGCGGUCCCUGCUCCAUUAUCUAUCCGGGACGACGAGAUCGAAACCGGUUGCUUCUACGACGCAGAAGCCACGAAGGUAUCCCAGGUGAAUACCUCAUGGGCCGUAUCCAACAGUCUUCCCGUGCCUGAGAGUUCCAACAGGACUGAAUUCCUGCGUGAGCUGUCCGGAAUGGUCAAAAACGUCACUGCCUGCGGGGUCACACCGUUGAUCAACGGUACGCUUCUGAACUCGACGGCCGACAAAGAUUUCGAACCCUACAAGAACGCCACCCUCUCCGCUGGGUGGGCCUGGGCCAUCGACGAACCGCGCGACUCUGAAGUCACCGAUAACAUCAACGAGCCGUCCCGCGAGCGCUGCGCCAUAAUGGACCUCUCCUUGAAUGGGCACUGGCGUGUCGUCGACUGCGCUGAGCAUAAACGUCGCGGUGCCUGCCGGGUCGGCAACGACCCAUUUACCUGGACGCUGUCCGACGCCGAAAACACUUAUUCUGACGCCUACGACCACGGUUGUCCCGCAAAUACGUCCCUGGGCGUCCCGCGCACAGCCAUCGAAAACACCUACCUGUACCGGUACGCCUCCGACAGAUCCAGCAUUGGUGGUGGAAUGGACCCGUCGUCCUCGGAUCCGAAGAUGCGCGAGAUCUGGCUUGAUUUCAACUCCCUGGAUAUCGCAUCCUGCUGGGUCUCCGGCGGCCCGGACGCCCAGUGCCCUUACGCAUCGGAUCCACAGCAGUUGGAGAAACGGACCGUCCUAGUUGCUGCCAUUGCGGCAAUUGUCAUCUGUAUCAUCACGGCUUUGACUAUUUUUGUCAAAUGUAACGCUAAUCGGAGAAACUCACGCAGGAGUAAACGGAUCAUGCAGGGCUGGGAGUAUGAAGGUGUUCCUUCAUAG